AUGCCAGCCAACAUCCGCAACAUCGGCAUCGUCACCUGCAGCACGCGCUCGACGCGCGUCAACCCCUACAUCACGCAGCACAUCCACGCUCUCCUCGCCGCCAUGGUGCACGACGUGCCUGGUCUGCAAGACGCCACGCUCAGCAUCAUCGACCUGGAAGCGCAGGGCCUGCCGCUCUUCGACGAGCCCGCGGUCCCGGCCGGGCUGCCCGCCGCCGACCCGACGCCGCACUACCAGCAGGCGCACACGCGGCGGUGGUCGGCCGUCGUCGGCGCCCACGACGCCUUUGUCUUUGUCACGCCGCAGUACAACUGGAGCGUGCCGGCCAGCCUCAAGAACGCGCUCGACUACCUGUACCACGAGUGGGCUGGCAAGCCCGCUGCCGUCGUCGCGUACGGCAGCCGCGGUGGCGGCCGGGCGGCCGCGCACCUGCAGCAGAUCCUGACGGGCCUCAAGAUACAAGUCGCUGCCACGGUGGUGCCCCUCGUCGUGAUCAUGGGCGAUGUGGACGAGUGUCUGGCCCAGGGCGCGCUCAGCCAGGAUGUGCUGCAGCGGUGGGCGAGCGCCGACGUGCCGGAGACAUUGCGGUCGGCGGCGGAGGAGAUGGGGGCCCAGUAG